AUGUUUUCAAAUCAGUGCCAUAGUUCUGGUACCAUAAAUCGUGGAAAGAAGGAGGUGAAAAGUGAGAUCAUGCAUUCUAUUUAUAUGUCAAGUCAUUGCAUUCCAACUGAUUUGAUGGGCACAACAGUUUUAAGUCGCCGUUCUCCAUUUAAGGUUCAUCAAGCUUUAUGGAAUCCAAGCAUUGAUUUAUUAGCAUUAGCUUCGCAAAAGGGUGAAGUAUGCGUACGACGUUUACACUGGAGACAUGGAUGGAAGAGGGACAUCUAUGAUGUGAAACCACUUUUAUUAGAUCGAGUUAAAUCGGAAGAUGAAAUUCGGUUGGAAACAAUGUGUUGGAGUCCUGAUGGCAGGGUUCUUGCGACAGCUUUUAAUGACGGUUGUAUUCAUUUGUUAGAUGCUGAGAAAGGAAUUGUCAGAUUUACUGUUAGAAUGAAAACUCGUGUGACACAUAUGAGAUGGCAACGAUCCAACCAAAAGUUGAAUAUGAAUCUAAUAAGUGAGGAUACACUUUCCGGAGCACUUGGUGAUUUGUCAGAAAGCGAAAGUUUGAAUGAUAAAUCGGAAGAAUUAAAUCAGCUAAGAGCGAUGAAAGCAUUCUGUGACAGCAGCAAUCUUAGUGUCCUCGGAACAUUGUUAUUCGCGCUUAACGUAGACAAUUGUGUGAUUGUUUUGGCAGCUGGUGUUCUUCCUGUUGCUUCUGUUGAACCGCCAUUUCACUUAUUUGGCAAUUGUGACCCAUAUUCGAUAACAGUGGGUGAUAUGUUUUAUUCAUUUAAGCGAGAUCAGUUGAUGGUAGUAUAUUCAAGUAUGGGCCAGCUCAGUCCAGCAAACGCUGCAGGAAUGAAUACUCAAGUGGUUGGUUUCAACAUCGAUGGUUUAGGUUAUCUAAAAAACGGCCUAAUAUGGACCAUUGCACGCAGAUGGCUAAAAUUAGUUUUUUAUGUAUGUUUUGUUUCUGAAGCGUUUGCUCGAGCAAUUAUCGAUUGGGAGGAUCAAUCAAAGGAAUUUAAUGAAAAAUUCUGUUCUUUUGGGGAAGAAAAUGCUUCAAAUUGUAAUCUCGGCGAAUGUUUUAUUAGUAUGAUAUUAACGGGACAAGCAAGUCCAGAGCUAGUGAAUUUUUAUCGUAACGUACUAAAACCAACGGAAUGGAAGAAAAUGACUGAUUGGGCAAAUAGAGGUUUUGGUGAUAUAAUUGGAAGCAUUGGCAGAGAACUCCUUCCUGGUGCAGAAGCAUUGCAACACAAUAUGAAACAGUUAUUUAUCGAAGUGCAGUGUGCAUUGCGUAAUUCUAGAACUGAAAAACUUUUACCGAAGCGUCUAUUCGAUAUUGAUGUCUAUCCUUACGGCAAAUACGCUGAAGAAAACGAUGAAGAAGCUUCGUUGAAAGAACUUGAGAGUUUCCAGAAUCUGGCGGAAGAUAUUAUCAAUAAAAUUAACGAAAUGCAUUUAGUGGCUACGCGUAACAGAAAAGAUUUAGUCAGUUUCACUAGUUGGUUAUCACAGACGCCUCCAUUUACUGCGAAAAACAAACGUUCCGCUGCAGAACUGAAAUUCGAUUUACAGUUGAUUAUUGAAUACAUCAGACAAGCAACUAUUGCAAGGAAUGGAAAUGCGGCGAAAGAAAGUGAAUUGAUGACCGAUACUUUCCAAAAUUAUUCGUUUGAUAAAGUUCUUCAAUAUUUUGAUCAUCAAAAAUCCCUGAGGUAUCGUUUGGAUGUGCGAAGUAAUGCUUGGAAUCUGUUAUCUGAGCAGCAGUCUUCGAGAACUUUAGCCGAUAGUAUUACAAGUUGUUUUGAUGCCUUGCAAACUAUGCAAGACAUAUUCCUGAAAAAUUUCACUGCAGCGAUCAUAGCACAGACAAAUUUAAUACUGGAACAGAAUCAUGCAGAAGGUUUUGAAAAGUUUGCAAUAUUUUUGCCUCACGAAAAUACAUCUGCAAGCUGUACAUAUGAUGAUGAUUGUCCAGAACAAAAAUGGUUGCGAAAGAUAGCGGAUGAGCCAUUUGCAAUAUCUUGCAUCGGCGUUAAUGGUUCUCGUCAUGUAAUCUAUGGAGCUUCGAGCAGAGUAUUGUACGAAAUGUGUUACGCAAAACGGUGUAUAAAGAAUGUUAAACACAUUAUACCAGAAAAUUUUCAAGCGGAAAUUGAUAACGUUAAGUUGUCUUCGGAUGAACAGCAGUCACAAAAAAUUGGGAAAAGUACAAAAGGAGUUGAUAAUAUUAUGGAUACCUCAGGUUGCACGGAAUUUUGCGUAUCGUUUACUGUUUCUUUUCAUCGGAAAUCGGGUGUUGUUUUCACAGAGAAUAGUUUUCGGGCAAAAUGGUUUGAAAUCAAGAUCCCUCUUCAAAGAAGUUUAAUUCUCAAUCGAAAGCAGUCAAGAAGCGGCACUUUUCAAAAUCAGAUGAAAAGUAUAAUUGCUGAAGCUAUGGAUGUAACUGAACAAUUGCACGUUGGAGAAGGGGAAUACCGUCUGCUGAAUUGUUUUGUCAUCUACUACCAUCAGAUAAUCGAUCGAAUGAGUGAGGAUAAUACGAGCCUUAAUGAUGUCAGACAUUUGGUGCAUCAGGAAACACGUAAGGGCGAUGUAAUUUCGCCACAUCGGGCAAUAAUGACCCUUUCUAAAAGUAUGUUUAAUGCUGGUUGCUUUUCUCUGCCGUAUGCUUGGAAACUUGGUGGUCUAUGGAUGUCUUUGAUAUUAAAUUUCGUCAUUGCGGGCUUUAAUUGGUAUGGAGAUCAUAUUCUUGUCAGAUCUUCACAACAUUUAGCGAAAAAAUCAGAACGCGUUUCACUUGAUUAUGGUCAUUUUGCGAAGAAAGUCUGUGAUUUCAGUGAUAUAAGAAUAUUGCGAAAUAAUAGCAAAAUCAUUAUGUAUACAGUAAAUAUUACUAUACUGUUCUAUCAGCUAGGUAUGUGUAGCGUUGCAAUAUUAUUUAUAGCGGAUAACAUGAAUCAUUUAUUGGGCGAUUAUAUUGUGGGUGGUGUCAAAAUAAUGGCUCUUAUUUCGUUUGUACCCAUUCUUGCAUUAAAUAUGUUCACGGAAAUGCGUCUGCUCAGUGUGUUUGCAAUGGUUUCAUCUGUGUUUUUUUUGUUGGGUGCUUUUGUUAUUAUGCAGUUCACAGUACGACAAUCAAAUCAUUGGAAAGAACUUCCUGCUGUCACUAACUUUACUGGUGUCAUCAUGUUCAUUGGAAUGGCCAUGUAUGCUUUUGAGGGACAAACAAUGAUUCUACCAGUGGAAAACAAACUUGAAACACCGGAAGAUUUCCUGAGUAGUUUUGGUGUAUUACCAACAACAAUGUGUUUUUGUACAUUAUUUAUGAUUGCAAUUGGGUUUUAUGGUUAUACAGCAUUUGGAUUAAAUACACAACCAACUAUCACCAUGAAUGUGCCGAAGGAAGGAUUAUAUUCAACGAUCAAUGUAUUUCUAAUGUUGCAAUCGAUGCUCGGCCAUUCUGUUGCUAUGUAUGUCAUACUGGAUAUGUUUUUUAAUGGUUUCUAUCGAAAAUUUAUAAGUCGUUUUCCAAAUGUUCCGAAAGUAAUUAUCGAUAAAGGAUUCAGAAUAUUUUGGGUGUCCGUUACAAUGUUAAUGUCCAUAAGUAUACCUCACCUAGAAAUCAUGAUACCCUUGGUCGGAGUAACAAGUGGUACCAUCUGUGCACUUAUAUAUCCACCAAUAUUUGAAAUGAUCACAUUCUGGAAUGAUUGGAAG